AUGAAGAAGGAAGAUUUGACCUGCGCUGAAAAUGGAGCUGAUAGCAAUGAAUGCUAUGCUUGUAAAGAUGGAAGCUAUCCAAACAGAAAUCAGGAUAGUUGCAAAUCUAAAAUUAUCAUAUUUUUUUCUUAUGGAGAACCUUUGGGGAUUAGUUUAGCUUUCUUUGCAUUUUUCUUUUCCUUGGUGUCAGUUAUGGUGCUUGUAAUUUUUAUGAAGAACCACAACACUCCCAUUAUUAUAGCCAAUAACCGAGACCUAACCUACAUUCUCCUCAUCUCUCUCCUGCUCUGCUUCCUUUCUACAUUUUUAUUUAUUGGUCGGCCCAAAAAGGUGAUAUGUCUUCUCCGACAAGCUGCUUUUGGCAUCUCCUUCUCCAUGGCUGUUUCUUCAGUGUUGGCAAAAACAGUCAAAGUGGUUUUGGCUUUCUUGGCCACCAAACCAGGUUCCAGAAUGAAAAUGUUUGUGGGAAAGAGACUUGCCAACUCCAUGGUCAUUUCCUGCUCUCUUAUUGAAACGGUAAUUUGUAUGUUGUGGCUGGCAAUAUCUCCCCCAUUCCCAGAUUUAGACAUGCAUUCAAUGGUUGAAGAAAGUAUUCUACGGUGUAACCAGGGAUCUGAGAUAAUAUUCUAUUGUGUUCUGAUUUACAUGGGCUUCUUAGCCUUUAUUAGUUUCAUUGUUGCUUUCUUAGCUAGAAAGUUACCAGAUACUUUCAAUGAAGCCAAGUUCAUUACUUUCAGCAUGUUGGUCUUCUGCAGUGUUUGGAUAUCUUUUGUUCCAACUUAUCUGAGCACUAAAGGAAAGUAUAUGGUUGCUGUGGAGAUCUUCUCCAUCUUAACUUCUAGUGCUUUGCUGGGCUGCAUCUUUUCCCCCAAAUAUUAUAUUAUCGCGUUCAAGCCCAACCUUAACAACAAGAAACAAUUGAUGAAUAGAAAAAUGAAAUGA